AUGCCAGGCACCACACGUCUUCCAGCGCUCUUCCAGCCCAUCCAGGUCGGAGACAUCACGCUUGGCCAUCGCGUAGUCUUCGCACCUCUCACUCGUCUCCGUGCAAACAAACACGGUGUACAUGCCGACAUCGGAACAGAGUACUACACGCAGCGCGCGUCUGUUCCCGGAACUCUGCUCAUCUCUGAGGCGACGUACGUCGGGUCUUCCGCGCAAGGACGCUCCCCGAACGCCCCGGGGAUAUACACGGAAGACCAGAUAAAUUCUUGGAAACGCAUUACGGAUGCCGUGCACGCGAAAGGGUCGUUCAUCUAUAUGCAGAUUUGGGCGUUGGGACGCGCCGCGAGGAUAACGGAGCUUCGCAAGGAGCAGCCCGAUUUCCCAUACGUCUCUGCGUCGGACGUGCCUCUCACCGGAAGAACCGACAUUCCGCGCCCACUUACCAUAGCAGAGAUUAAGUCGCAUGUCGAAGCGUUCGCCGAAGCGGCGCGAAAUGCUGUCCACAAAGCGGGCUUUGACGGCGUUGAGGUCCACUGCGCCCAUGGAUAUCUCAUCGACCAGUUCCUCCAGGAGAUGUCGAACAGGCGCACCGACGAGUACGGGGGCUCGGUCGAGAAUAGGUGCCGAUUCGCUCUGGAGAUUGUUGAUGCCGUGAGUCGUGCCAUCGGUGAGGAGAAAACGGCUGUACGCAUCAGCCCAUGGAGCGAAUUCCAAGAUAUGCGCAUGCCGGACCCCCUGCCGACUUUCACCUAUCUCGUGUCUCGUCUUGCGUCAGACCAUCCCAACCUAGCGUUCCUCCAUGUAGUGGAGCCGGAGGUAUCUGGGGCCGUGGACAGAACUGUCAAGGAGGGCGAAUCCAACGAGUUCAUCCGCAAGAUUUGGCAACCUCGCGCGCUAGUCAGCGCGGGUGGUUACACGCGCGAGCGUGCACUGCAGGUAGCGGAAGAGACCGGUCAACUCAUCGCGUUCGGAAGGCCGUUCAUCAGCAACCCCGAUCUACCCCGCCGUCUGCUCAAGAACAUACCACUGGCCAGCUGGGAGGAUCGGGAAUUCUACUAUACCCCGGAGGAGCCACGUGGGUACAUCGAUUACCCGGCUGCUGACGACGAGGAACGCUCGUCUUAGAGACUUAGACGGACCAACUCCCAUCGAUAUCACGUUUCAAUUUAGAAUCAU